UCAACUCAUCGCUAUCUCUCUCUACAUCUCUCUCUCUCUACAUUUCAGCUGUGUAGCUUCUGACUGCUGAGUCGACCCGCUGAGCUAACUCAAUGGCUGCUGUUGAAGUAACCGACAUCGCCGUCGAAGUCGUCGUUGAUCCGACGGCGACUGGGGAGCCGGAUAAUAAGCCGGCGGAGGAGACCCCGAAACCGAAGAAAGGCAAUGCUCCCAAAGAGCCCAAAGCUAAGAAACCAGCUGCUCCGAGGAAGCCUAAGGGGCCGCCGUCUCAUCCUCCUUUUCUCGAGAUGAUAACGGAGGCGAUUGUGACGCUGAAAGAGAAGACUGGCUCGAGUCAGUACGCGAUAACGAAGUUCAUCGAAGAGAAGCACAAGAACUUGCCGGCGAGCUUCAAGAAAAUGCUGUUGUAUCACUUGAAGAAGCUCGUCGCUGCUAGCAAGCUCGUGAAGGUCAAGAACUCGUACAAGCUCCCUCCGGCGUCUAAAUCGGCUUCUGCUGCGCCGGCCAAGAAGAAAGCUCCUGCCGCAAAGCCGAAGGCCGCGGCCAAGCCUUCCAAGGCAAAAGCUCCGGCGAAGCCCAAAGCUGCUGCUAAACCGAAGCCCAAAGCUGCUGCGAAACCAAAGCCAAAGCCUGUUGUGAAAUCGAAGCCGGCGGCGAAGCCGAAGGCUAAGGCUGCGACCAAGCCUAAGCCAAAGCCGAAGGCGGCUGCGAAACCGAAACCUGCUGCGGCGAAGCCAAAACCGAAGCCAGCUGCGAAACCGAAGGCUGUGGCCAAGCCAAAGGCGGCAGCGAAGCCGAAAGCCAAGCCGGCGGCUAGACCUGCGAAGGCAGCAAGGACGUCGACGAGGUCGACGCCAGGGAAGAAACCUGCAGCACCGGCGAAGGCGAAGAAAGCUCCGGCGAAAAGUGGAAAGAGUGUGAAAUCCCCGUCGAGGAAGACUCCCGCGAGAAAGGCUAAGAAGUGAUUCAGUUUAAAAAAUGUAGUUUUUGUGUAGGGUUUUCUCAGGAGUGGUAGUUCUGUAAAUUUAUGUUUGGAUUGGGUGCUUUUCAGAUCCACAGGAAGCAAUUUAGAACACAGAUGUAAUCGUUUCAUUUUAAUUGCAUUUUCAUAUCAAUUUUAGUUA